GACAACAGUGUGUAAAUGUCACGGCCCAGCCCCCCGGUUUCUCCGCUGGUUUUUGUGUUGAGGGAUCGAGCGGCGCUGGGUGGACCGGUCGGUCCGGUUUGUCCUCUCCGGUAUUUAAGGUGUCUGCAGCUUUCUCUCAGCUGACACGGAUAUCAGCAGCGACAGGACGUGCAACCCAGAGCUCGCUCUCAUCACACAGAUACACAGGAGCCACCAUGACUUCCAGGAUGGUGGUCAAUCAGCCUCAGCCGGUGAUGGUCUCCCGAGAGUCCGAGGAGUGGUCUUCUGGGAUAUGUGACUGCUGUGACGACGUGCCCGAGUGUUGUUUUGCUUUCUGGUGCUUUCCCUGCUUCACCUGUAUAACAAGCAAGAAAUAUGGCGAAUGUCUGUGUCUCCCCCUGCUGGACGGGUUCGGCCUCAUCCCCCCCAUCACCAUGUCCAUGAGGGUCUCCAUGCGGCAGCGCUACCGCAUCAGAGACACCAUGUGUAACGACUGUCUGUACUCCACUUUCUGCACGGCGUGCGCCUGGUGUCAGAUGUCCCGAGAGAUGAAAAGAAGAAACAUCCCAAUCGUUCUGGUCAGUGCCAAGCACGCAUGACGACACUCAUCAUUCAUCUCCACCCGGGCUGUCACGUCUUCCCGUUAACUGCAACUAACAUGUUAGUUUAACUACACUUUAGACUGAAGAGAAACGAAUGAUUUAAAGAAAUGACGCCUAAAGUGCUCAUGCCACUGACUGAAAAACCCAAGGCAUAAAUCUCUGUAAUAGUACUUUAUUGAGUUUUUUUGUUUUUAAGAUGGUUGAUAUGAUGACUCUCCAGCAUCAUUAAAGUCCCUAUUGCAAGA